AUGAAUAAUAAUAAUAAUAUUCUUCAACUUUCUUUACAUGGUAAUCCAUUAAUAUGUGAUUGUUGGUUUGGUUCUAUAGUUGAUUCAUCUUUAAUUAAUAUUACUGAUUUAUCUUUACUUCAAUGUAAUUCUCAUUCAAUUAUGAAUAUAUCUCAAAAUAAUUUUCUAUGUUCAUAUUCUCAAUAUUGUUCAUUAGAUUGUUCUUGUUGUGAUUUUGAAGCAUGUGAUUGUCAUUCUAUAUGUCCUUCUGAAUGUUUAUGUUUACAUAAUAGUUUAUGGUCAAAUCAUAUUGUUCAAUGUCAACAAAAAAAAUUAUCUAAUAUACAUAUUCAUUUACCUGAAACAAUAACUGAACUUAAUUAUGAAGAAAAUAAUAUUGAACAAUUACAAUCAUUUAUAUUUAUUGGUAAAAAUUUAUUAACGAAAUUAAAUUUAGCAAAAAAUAAUAUAAAAAAUUUAACAAAUGAUAUUUUUUGUGGUGCAUCAAAUUUAUAUGAAAUAAAUCUUAGUUAUAAUAAAAAUUUAAUAAUAAAAUUAUCAAAUAUUAAUAUAUUAUUUUCAUGUUUAAAAUAUUUACAAUAUAUUAUUUUAUCAAAAGAACAAAUUAAUAAAGAUGAAGAAAUUAUUAAUAUUGGAUGGAUAAUAGAAUCAAAUAAUGAUAUAAUUCGUCUUAUACGUAUAAAUGAAAAAUUAUCUUUAUCAACAUAUAAUAUUUAUACAAUUCCAAUAUCUACAAAUAUUUAUCCAUUAAUUCAAUCUGAAAUACAAUCAACAACAAGUUUUUCUAUUUAUCAUCAACAAUCAUUGAUUUCAUCAAAUUUUAUACAACAUAAUCAAACAUUCAUUAUAAUUAUAUUUUUUCUUUUAUUAUUUCUUUUACUUUUUCUAUUAUUCCUUAUAUUAUUAGCUAUUUGUCGACGAAAAUUUCGUCAUCAUUUAAAAACUGAACUUCAACGUCAACGAUCUCAUCAUUAUUAUUAUCAUACAAAUUUACAUCAAUCAUCAAUUCAAAUUCCUAAUAGUAAUGGAACUAAUGGAGUUAAUGAUAGUGUUUAUGAACAAUUACCAUCUUUAUCAUCUGAUAGUGAACAACCAUUUUUAUAUAAUGAAAAAAAAUUAACUAAUAUUAAUGCUCCAGCUUUACCACCAUAUCCACCUGCAUUUCGUCGAUAUCAUUGUUGUCAUUCAAUGAAUUCACAUGAUUAUCAAUAUGGUAGAAAUACUUCAACAACAACAUCAGCGGCAGCAGCAUGUUAUUCAUCAUUAAAUUUACAACAACAUCCAUGUUCAACAGUUCUAGUCUUAAGAAAUCCAUCAUUGUAUAGAAAUCAUCAUGAAUAUUCAUGUGAAUUACAACAAUGUUUAGUUUCAAAUCAACAAGAAAAAAAUUCAAUGAUUUGUUGUAAUAAUCAAACAAGUUUUAUACCAACAAUUCUUUGUCAAUGUAAUGAUCAUAUACAGAAUAUUGACACAUGUAUCUAUCCUAAUGUACACAAAUAA